AUGAAAGCUUUCUCGCGCUGCCACGUCACCGAGAGCCUUACAAAUCAUGUAAUUUCGCUUCUUAUUGUCAUGUCACUGAUGUCUGGAGAAUGGGAGAAGGGAAACUGGAUGACGGGAGUGGGUAGUGGGCUCGGCUGCGAAAAAGCAUGCUUCUUGUACAUGUUUGGGAAUGAAGGACACGGACUGAAUGUGGCCGUUGCUGAGCGGAUGAGUCUUUUGAAUUUCAGCAACCACGCUGAGUAUCUUGACAACAAUCAGAAUCCGAGUCACUCUGGCAUGGGCAUCACGGGAAAGGACUUGUUUGAAAGACACAACACGAGUUCCAGUCUAUAG